AUGAUAUACAACUCAAGCGGAGGUCUUGGUGGUAUUAUAGUCAAAGAGGUCCUUCGGCGGUCGAAAGGUGCAACUUUUCAACCCCAGAAUCAGAGUCUAUACACGUCCACUUGCGGCGUUAUCUUCCUAGCAACGCCGCAUCGGGGGUCUCCUUGGGCCACUUGGGCAAAACUUGCCGCAAACGUCUCGAAAGUUGUUCUUCGCUCACCAAAUACAGCGGUUCUGGACUCGCUCAAUGUCGGGAAUCAAUUGCUGGACAUGAUAGCGGAGGAGUUCAGCAUUAUGCUGCGAAUGAACGACAUCAAGGCGUAUAGCUUCCAUGAGGAAAGGCCCAUGAGUGGUGUCCUCGGACUCAACGAAAAGGUUGUACCUGAUUUCUCAGCUAUCAUUGGAGAUCCCUCAGAAGGCAGAGAAGGGAUCGAUGCAAACCACAUCCAGAUAUGCAAGUACACUGGUAAGGAUGAUAGUGGGUACAUCAGGGUUCUUGGGGCCAUCAGACUCUAUGUCGAUGUGUUGAACGAGAGGCAAAGUAGGAGUGAAGAAGAACAGAUCACACAAGACCUCGAGACUCUUCCCACAGCUGUCGGCCAGAAGAUCCGAACGAACAGAGCCCUGAAUCACCUUCAACUUGGAAGCACAUCUGGCCAUAUCAUAAUCCGGAUUCCUCGGUUCCCAGAAAAUGUUCUUGGACUGAGUACGGAUUACGUCUCGCCAAGCAACAGAAUCUUCGGUAGUGGUGCAUUCAAAUUGGCUGCCACCCUGAAACUAUUGCCUGGACAAGCAAAUGAAGGGUUUGCACAGAUAGAAGAUUUCGGAUUGCAUGAAUUAGUGCAUGAUAAUUAUACAUAUUAUAGCCGGAUUUCCAGACGUGGUUUGUUGAAACUGCUGUCUGGAAAGGUAUCCCGCAUCUCCCAAGAAGGUAAUUCCCUUAUCGUCAAGACAGGCAUUGGGCUCUUUACCUUCAACAGUGUCGAUGGGCAACGAUUGGUCCGCUAUGACGCCAGCGAUCGUUCCACAGAUGUCGCAAUGUUCGAUGUGGAUUUCGAAGAUGUUCAGCGGUGUGUUUCUCGAAGAUAUCGCCGGCUCGAACCGGAUAACCCAGAACAUGAAAUCUGGAUGGGUGAUCACGAAGAGCGAAGAACAGGCAGCCAUUACUGGACGGGUCCAAUGGAACCGUCGGUUGCAAUCCUCUUCCAGGACUUAGACCACCCUAGUUGUCCGCGAUUCAUGAGCAUUAGAGAGCCCAGCGAGCUUGAACGACAAUGCCAGUUCAACGGCGACGUUUUAACAGCUUUCACAUGGGUUGCUCAACAGAAACCAGCGCUAUUCGCGGACUUGGCCCAGUCGCUACAGCUGAUUCAGAUUUUGCAAACCAAGAGAAUCCUGCAAGCUAGAAGUCUCGAGAUUAAUAAUAGCUCGAGCAGAUGGAUGCUCGGGGAAAUUGCCGCGUCUCGAGGGCUUCAUGACAAUGCUGGUGAAUCUAAGGCAUUCUUACACCGUUGCUCCCUUUUCCAUGAUGAGCUUUUGGAAGUCUAUGGAGAGAGCAGGAGUCGCAUUGCAGUUCAAAACCACAUGCUAGCCACCGUUGAACAAGCGAAACCAAUUGUUGCUGGAGCGAGUUGUUUGGCUAUGAUUGCUAAAGGAAACGCCGAGUUUCUGCUAACUUUUGCGGUACCGGCGCCAGACCCAUGCGAACCUGACAAAAAGAAGAAGAAGACAUCAACAAACGAGGCAAAACGCCGCCCCCUCGCCGUCACUCCAAGCCCGUCACAUCCGGGCGCUAUCUCGUCCUGCGCCACCGUCGGCGCCGACUCAACGCCCUCAGGGGAGUUGACCGCGUCCCUUCUCCAGCCCGGGGAGCAUCGUCUUUCCAGCUCCUAUGUACCCGGACUACGAGCAGGCAUGUACCAUGUGCUUGUCGAGCAGACCAUCACCGUCGACUCGAACACCAAGAAGGUUUUCGACAAGCAGACGCAGACUUUUGACAUGCUGGCCCGGCGGUUUGCUCUGAGCGUGUGGCCGACGACAGCCCUGCGGCGCUUCUCAAUCGCGAUGAAGACCAGCCACGACCCGACAUUUGAGCCCGACGAGCUACACUUGACCAAUGAGCAGUUGAAUGGGCCUAAUAGCCUCUUUCCGCGACUACCGGACGCCGACAAAACCAAGCGCACCCAGUCGCCGACCAUGGCGAUCGAUCUGGAUGUCGCGCAUCUGGUCCAGCUGGAUCCCAAUCAAACUGUCACACCAGUGCAGCAGGUCAAUGGCGCCAUGGAAACCAAAACCAGCGUGGUUGCGAUUCCCGGAGCGCUCUUCAAUAGCCUCGUCACCACCGACAACGCCGAGGGCCUGCCACAACCGGGCCAGAGCAGCUGUUGUGUCUCACGAUACUGGUUCCUUGCCCAUGUGCGACAUGUUCGCACGGAGGGUAUGGCCCACGCCGGUGCAGAGGACGAACAAACUGACCCGCGUCGUGCUCCCCUCUCUGUUCAGCUGGACACACAUGUGUCUACCCCCGUGCCGUCGGUCGUCGAGUAUCGUCUGCGCAACACACAGUCUAAUGCCGGCGAGUCGCUUCAGGUCAUGGACAGGCAGCUGGGCCUCAUGGAUAUCUCCUACUCAAACGCGUGGAAUCUGGGUCGUACCCUGGCCAUGGCCGACGCGACUUUCACGGAGGCGCUAUGUCGUAUCCGCAAGGUUAUUCUUCAGCAGGGCACCGACAAGACGAGGAUCCAGGUCAUGCGAGCCAUGGGGAGUCUGGCCUGCAUGUCGACUACGGUCGAUCUGUCCCGGGAGAAUUGCUGGACACGUCCGAAUACAGCCAUCCCAGUACAGGCACUGGAUAGCACGCUCGUUGCGGCAGUCUACCAGGACGAGAUGGACCGCCCCGCCUACCAGAUUGCUAAUGGCUAUACAGAGGAAGCUGGCGAGGAGGAGAAGAAAGUCAUGCCCGCCCCAUACGACGAGCAUUACAUCCCGCAUUCCGCAGACUGGACGAUCGUGCUGCGGUUCGCCCUAGACCUGCUCUUCCUCCUGCCGAUCGAUGAGAACUGGACCCAUGCAUUUGUUGACGGCGCCAUCAGCCUGGGGAAUCAUGGAGACCGGGAGACCGAUCAUGUGCGAGAUUCCAUGCAUAAGGCUAUUCAACGCUAUUGCUAG